AUGGGCCGAAAGAAGAUCAAUAUCCGCGAAAUCGAAAACUCGCGGCAGCGCACUGUGACAUUUGCGCGGCGACGCGCCGGGCUGAUAAAAAAGGCGCACGAGCUCAGCGUCCUGUGCGGUGUGCAGGUAGCCAUGGUGAUAUUUGACUCGAAGAACGCCAGCCAUGUGUAC